AUGACAUCAAUGGAGAACAGAUCAGAAGUGAAUGAGUUCAUCCUUACAGGAUUAACAGAUGUUCCAGAACUUCAGGUUCCCCUCUUCAUCAUAUUCACCUUCAUUUACCUCAUCACCCUGACAGGGAACCUGGGCAUAGUAGCUCUAAUCUCCUGGGAUUCCCACCUCCACACUCCCAUGUACUUUUUCCUCAGUAACCUCUCUCUGGUAGAUUUUGGCUACUCUUCAACUAUUACUCCCAAGGUGAUGGCUGGGCUUCUCACCGGGAGGAAGGUCAUCUCCUAUAAUGGAUGUGCAGCACAGCUGUUCUUUUUUGGAGCCUUUGUUACUACUGAAAGUUACCUGUUAGCCUCCAUGGCCUAUGAUCGCCAUGCAGCUGUAUGUAAGCCUCUACAUUACACCACUACCAUGACUUCAAGAAUAUGUGCCUUUCUGGCCAGUGGUGCUUCUAUCUAUGGUUUUCUGGCCUCCUCCGUAAUCACAGGAAACACAUUUAGCCUUUCCUUUUGUAGAUCCAAUGUGAUCCAUCACUUUUUCUGUGAUAUUCCUCCUCUCCUAGUUCUCUCUUGUUCUGAUAUUCACAUAAUUGAAUUAGUAAUCUUCAUCUUAGGGUCAUUCAAUGCUUUUUUCACUAUUCUUGUCAUCUUUACUUCUUACUUGCUAAUCUUCAUCGCCAUCUUGAAGAUCCAUUCUGCUGAAGGCCGCCAGAAAGCCUUCUCCACCUGUGCUUCCCAUCUCACAGCAGUGUCUAUAUUUUAUGGCACAAUCAUCUUCAUGUACCUGCAACCCAGCUCCAGCCAUUCAAUGGACUCAGACAAAGUUUGGUCAGUGUUCUACACUAUGGUCAUCCCUAUGUUGAACCCUCUGGUUUACAGUCUCAGGAACAAAGAGAUCAAGAAUGCUUUUAGGAAAGCAGUGAGGGGGCAACGAUUUCAAUUAGAUCAUCUUUUUACUUAG